AUGUCGGCGCCGGCGGCCAAAGUCAGUAAAAAGGAGCUCAACUCCAACCACGACGGGGCCGACGAGACCUCAGAAAAAGAACAGCAAGAAGUAAUUGAACAUACUGAUGAAGUACAAAAUGAAAUAGACAGACUUAAUGAACAAGCCAGUGAGGAGAUUUUGAAAGUAGAACAGAAAUAUAACAAACUCCGCCAACCAUUUUUUCAGAAGAGGUCGGAAUUGAUCGCCAAAAUCCCCAAUUUUUGGGUAACAACAUUUGUCAACCAUCCACAAGUGUCUGCACUGCUUGGGGAGGAGGAUGAAGAGGCGCUGCAUUAUUUGACAAGAGUUGAAGUGACAGAAUUUGAAGAUAUUAAAUCAGGUUACAGAAUAGAUUUUUAUUUUGAUGAAAACCCUUACUUCGAAAAUAAAGUUCUCUCCAAAGAAUUUCAUCUGAAUGAGAGUGGUGAUCCAUCUUCAAAGUCCACGGAAAUCAAAUGGAAAUUUGGAAAGGAUUUGACGAAACGUUCAAGUCAAACACAGAAUAAAGCCAGCAGGAAGAGACAGCAUGAGGAACCAGAGAGCUUCUUCACCUGGUUUACUGACCAUUCUGAUGCAGGUGCAGAUGAGUUAGGAGAGGUCAUCAAAGACGAUAUUUGGCCAAAUCCGUUACAGUACUACUUGGUUCCGGAUAUGGAUGAUGAAGAAGGGGAAGGAGAAGAAGACGAUGAUGAUGAUGAUGAAGAAGAAGGAUUGGAAGAUAUCGAUGAAGAAGGAGAUGAGGAUGAAGGUGAAGAAGAUGAAGACGAUGAUGAGGGGGAGGAAGGAGAGGAGGAUGAAGGAGAAGAUGACUAAUGGAACACUGAUGGAUUCCAACCUUCCUUUUUUAAUUUUCUUCAGUCCCUGGGAGCAAGUUGCCAUCUUUUUUUUUUUUUUUUCUCCUCUUGUGCUCAUUCGCCCUGUUUUUUGAAGUCUCUUUCCUCUCCCUUUAUACCAUGGUUCUCAACUUAUUUUGGGGGGAAAUACCUUGAGCAGAAUACAGUGGGAAAAGAAUCUCUACCCCUUUCUGUUCCAAAUUCAUUUUUAUCCCUUCCUGUCUCAACAAAAACUUUAUGGAAUCACCACCACCAUGCUCUGCGGGAAAAAAGAAAAACCUUCUGCUCCCUUAGCUCUGCUGGAAGCUGGAGGGUGCUAGGCCCCUGUGUAGUAGUGCAUAGAAUUCUAGCUUUUUUCCUCCUUUCUCUGUAUAUUGGGCUCAGAGAUUACACUGUGUCUCUAUGUGAAUAUGGACAGUUAGCAUUUACCAACAUGUACCCGUCUACUUUCUUUUGUUUAAAAAAAAAGAAAAAAAACUUUAAAAAAUGGGGUUA